AUGAAGGAGGUCCCGUUCCCGGCCGAGGACAGCGAGUCCAAGGUGCUCCUCUCCAAGGUCCGCGGCCAGUACUUUGCGACGAGCAACAAGUGCACGCACUACGGCGCGCCGCUCAUCAAGGGCGUCCUCACCGAGAGCGGCCGUGUCGUGUGCCCGUGGCACGGUGCCUGCUUCAACGUCUGCUCGAACGGCGACAUCGAGGACGCGCCGGGCCUCAACUCGCUCCAGUCGUUCAAGGUCGAGACGGACGGCGGCUUCAUCUACGUGCACGCCGACGAGCAGACGGUCGCCAACUCGCGCGAGCCCAAGGCGCCCUCGGUCGAGAUUCAGAGCUCGCCCAAGCACGCCAACGUCCUCAUCAUCGGCGGCGGCGCCGGCGCCGCUCACGCCGUCGAGGCGCUCCGCGAGGAGGGCUUCACGGGCUCGGUCCGCGUCAUCUCUAAGGAGCCGCAUCUGCCCGCCGACCGCACCAAGAUCUCGAAGGGCCUCGUGUCGGACCCGAGCAAGCUCCUGCUGCGCAGCCAGGCGUUCUACGACAAGCUCAAGACCGAGUUCGUCCUCGACACGGAGGCGACCAAGCUCGACUUUGCGUCGGCGACGGUCGAGCUCUCGAACGGCGAGUCGGCGACGUACGACAACCUCGUCCUUGCGACGGGCGCGUUCCCGACCAAGAUCCCGCUCGACGGCGUCGACCUGAACAACAUCUUCACCGUGCGCGGCGUCAAGGACGCCGAGGGCAUCAACGCCGCCGUCGGCUCGCCCGAGAAGGACGAGGACAAGAAGAACGUCGUCGUCGUCGGCUCGAGCUUCAUCGGCAUGGAGGUCGCGCUCGCGCUCGCCGACAAGGCCAAGGUGACGGUCCUCGGCCUCGAGGACGCGCCGUUCAGCAAGAUCCUCGGCAACCCGAUCGGCAACGGCAUCCGCAAGUUCCACGAGUCCAAAGGCACCAAGUUCAUCCUGCCCGCCGAGCUGUCGCACUUUGCGCCGCACGACGACGACAAGAGCCGGGUCGGCGCCGUCCACCUCAAGGACGGCACCGUCCUGCCCGCCGAGGCCGUCGUCAUCGGCGCCGGCGUCAAGCCGGCCACCGAGCUCCUCAAGGCCGCCGGCCUGUCGCUCGAGAAGAAUGCGUCGGUCAAGACGGACGACGUCCUCGAGAUCGAGCAGCUCAAGGGCAAGUACAAGGGCCGCGUCUUUGCGCUCGGCGACGUCGCCACGUUCGACACGCCGCGCGGGUCCAACUACGUCCAGCACUGGAACGUUGCGUCGAACCACGGCCGCGCCAUCGCGCACUACAUCGCGACCGACAAGCGCGAGUCGUUCGACAAGGUCGCCAUCUUCUGGUCGGCGCAGGGUCAGCAGCUUCGCUACGCCGGUACGACCAAGGCGAGCGAGUGGGAGGACCUGCACGUCGACGGCAACCCGGACGAGCUCAAAUUCGUCGCGUACUACUUCAAGGGCGACGAGGUCGUCGCGGCGGCGUCGAUGCAGCGCGACCCGAUCGUGGCGCACAUUUCGGAGCUCAUGAGGCUCGGCAAGAUGCUGAGCAAGAAGGAGAUCCAGGACGGCAAGAACCCGCUCGACAUCGCGCUCGCCUAGGACGCGGCGCCCUCGUCCAGCCCCUCAUCCGGGGCAGCGACUCCCCGUCUCUGAGCCUCGCUUUUUGUAGAUUCGCAGUCCUUUCCGUUCUCGCCGUGUCGUGCAAAAGAAUCAGUCAGCCACCU